AUGUCUCUCGUCGAAGAAAACUGGCAAACAACGCGACCAACCAUCAGGGAAAGAGCCAAGUUCAUGUUCAACAACGACCGCUUCAGCGAUGUGAGGUUCGUUAUUACGACGAGGAAUAGUGAUAACAAAAUUACUCAUAUAAUUCCUGCUCACAAGUUUGUUCUGUCGAUCAGCAGUCCUGUGUUUGAAGCCAUGUUUUACGGUGAGUUGGCGGAGACUAAAGACUCUAUUGAACUGCCUGACUGUGAGUACGAAAGUAUGUUGGAGUUGUUUCGUUUCAUGUACAGCGAUGAAGUAAAUUUGAACGGAAGUAAUGUAAUGGGAGUGUUGUAUUUGGCGAAGAAGUAUAUGGUGCCUUCACUCGCUGAUAAAUGCACCGAUUAUAUACAAGAUAAGCUCGAUGCGUCAAAUGCUUUUAGUAUUUUACCUAAAGCUCACCAGUUCGAUGAGAAAAAGCUGGUGAAACGAUGUUGGAAAGUAAUCGAUGAACACUGCGAAGAGGCUUUAAAAUCAGAUGGAUUUGCGACACUUGAAAGAUCUUUAAUUGAAGAAGUAGUCAAACGCGACACACUGAAUAUUGAAGAGGUAGAGUUGUUCAAAGCUGUGGACUCGUGGGCUACAAAGAAAUGCAAAGAAGAAGGCUUGACUGCAGAUGGCAAUGUAAAAAGGAAACUUCUUGGAGAGAAUAUCGUAAAAGCAAUCCGUUUCCCAGCCAUGAAGCAACGGGAAUUCGUUGGUGUUGUUCUUGACACAAAGAUACUCACACCAGACGAAGUCUUUGAUGUCGUGAAGUAUUUGAAUUUAGUACUAAGCUCUCCAGUAGGAUUUCCGGUAAAGAAAAGGCUAUUUACUUUUGCUUGUUGCAGAUUUGAAAAUUUGGACAAUGUUGACUCAAGCUAUUCUUAUUCUUCUGGUAUACAAGACUGUCUUAUUUUCUCAGUUGACAAAAACAUUUCGUUACUUGGAGUAACGUUAUGCGGAAGUGAAAACAAUGAUUAUUCUGUGACUAUCCGCAUAAAGAAACUUGACGGUGCAUAUCUUGAUUUUGUAUGCGGGAAAUUUCUAUCUGUGCUCAUUGAAGAAGAAUUGCAUUCCUUUUACGGCUUCAGAAUUCUCUUUAACCAUCCAAUUGUCAUUAAAAGGGGAACGGGAUAUCGUAUCGAAGCUUCUAUUUCUGGUGCGAAUUCCUGUUUUGGUCGAAAUGGUCAAAAGAUUGUGGCUUGUUCUGGGAUCAACUUUAGUUUUAAAGGCAGUUCUAAUAACAGCAGUGGAACUGGAGUUGAACAAGGGCAAUUUCCAGAACUCCUAUUUCAAACAAUGUAACUGUUGCAUCUUCUCGAUUGAGCGC